AUGACUCAGGAAAUCCUUUUCCCGGAAGUCCCACCUCAGCAGGCACCAGGGCACACACACACAGGCGAAAAACCCUAUGGGUGUAAGGAAUGCUGGAAGACGUUCUACCAUAAGUCGUCCCUCACGAUUCAUCAGAGAACUCACACAGGUGAGAAGCCCUAUGAGUGUAAGAAGUGCAGGAAAAGCUUCUACUGUAAGUCAGAUCUCACUGUGCAUCAGAGGACUCACACGGGUGAGAAGCCCUACGCGUGUGAAGCCUGCAGGAAGACUUUCUACUCUAAGUCACACCUCACGGUGCACCAGAGAAUUCACACGGGUGACAAGCCUUAUGCCUGUAAGGAAUGCAGGAAGACUUUCAACCGCAAGUCUAACCUUACUGUGCACCAGAGAACGCACACAGGUGAGAAGCCCUAUGAGUGUGAUGUGUGCGGGAAAACCUUCUAUCAAAAGUCCCACUUCAGCACGCACCAGGGAACUCACACAGAUGAGAAGCCUUAUGAGUGUGAGCACUGCAGGAAGGCUUUCCUUCACAAGUCAUCCCUMACUGUGCAUCAGAAAACUCACUCGGGCAGCAAGCCGUACACCUGUGAAGAGUGCAGGAAGACAUUCCUGCAUAAGUCUUCCCUCACCGUCCAUCAGAGGGCUCACACAGGCCACAAGCCCUAUGUCUGUGAGGACUGCAGGAAGGCUUUCUACUGCAUCAGAGAACCCACAUAGGCGAGAAGCCCUAUGAGUGUGGCGAGUGUGAAAAAGCCUUUCACCAGAAGUCAUAUCUCAGCAGGCAUCAGAUGACUCACCAGA